AUGAAGACUUUCACAGAGGAGAUGAGACGGGUGAGACAUACACUUUGUCUGGGCAUAGGAAUUGUAUCUGUUCUGGUGGGUCUACUGUGGCUUAGUCUCAUUGUAUCGCUCAGCCGUAUUGCUCUAUGGGGGUGAGGCUAACUCUGGCUGCAGCAAUUACUGACACACACAUAACAGUGUGUGUGUCUCUGUGUGUGUGUGUUAAGACUGUGGACACAGAGCUGUAUGACCCAUCAGUGUGUGGAGUGUGUGUGCAGCAGCAGGAAGCCAAACAGGGUACAACACAACACACCUCUGCAACAGGGUACAACAUAACACACCUCUGCAACAGGGUACAACACACCUCUGCAACAGGGUACAACACAGGAAGACAGACUGCACAUGGAAUACAGGCUCUUCACAUGCAGUGUUCCUUCCUACUUCUGUCUUGUCAAUACAUUCCCUGCUUAGCUAUGUUAUUAUUUUCAGUUUCUGUCCUGAAAUGACCAUCUAAACUACCAACAGUCCCUGAAAAAAAAUAUGGUGUGUAGUGGAUGAAGUAACCUGUGUUCUCAUGUGUUGUAGGACGCUGUGUGUCUAUUCUGAGAGAUCCUAAGGGGACUCCCCAAGCCCUCUGACGCCCCCAGCAGGAUCUGGGAACAACUGCAUGCCAGGGGGAGACGCACACUGCAACCUGGGGUUACCUUGGCGACAGAACAGGAAUCUGGGGUUACCCUGACGACAGUACAAGAACUGAGCUAACGGUACCCUCAUGCUGGCCGUGUGACUGUGAGCAUAGCAGAAAUGGCAUCAUUUUCCCUAUGCCAAGCGUCACGUCUGGAGGAAACCUGGCACCAUCCCUACGGUGAAGCAAGGUGGUGGCAGCAUCAUGCUGUGGUGAUGUUUUUCAGCGGCAGGGACUGGGAGACUAGUCGGGAUCGAGGGAAAGAUGAACGGAGCAAAGUACAGAGAGAUCCUUGAUGAAAACCUGCUCCAGAGCGCUCAGGACCUCAGACAGGGGCGAAGGUUCCCCUUCCAACAGGACAAUGACCCUAAGCACAUAGCCAAGACAACACAGGAGUGACUUCGGGACAAGUCUCUGAAUGUUCUUGAGUGGCCCAGCCAGAGCCUGGACUUGAACCCAAUCGAACAUCUCUGGAGAGACCUGAAAAUUGCUGUGCAGCGACGCUCCCCAUCCAACCUGACAGAGCUUGAGAAGAUCUGCAGAGAAGAAUGGGAGAAACUCCCCAAAUACAGGUGUGCCAAGCUUGUAGCGUCAUACCCAAGAAGACUCGAGGCUGUAAUCACUGCCAAAGGUGCUUCAACAAAGUACUGAGUAAAUGUGAUAUUUCAGUUUUUGAUUUGUAAUACAUUUGCAAAAGUUUCUAAUAACCUGUUUUGCAUUGUCAUUAUGGGGUAUUGUGUGUAGUAUGAUGGGAAAAAAUAUAUAUAUAUCCAUUUUAGAAUAACGAAAUGUGGAAAAAGUGAAGGGGUCUGAAUCAGGGGCGGUGUGUUCAAUAGGGCGAUAUGGGCGACGCACUGCCAAACGGGAAAAGGAAGGGAUUUUUUUUCUAAUCAAUUAUAUCACGGCAACAGUAGUUAUCAGUGUUGUAAUCUAGACGUCUGAUCUGCCACAGUGCCACUAAAUGUCCAAUCAGGCUAAAGUCGUGCUUCAAAUGGCCCCCCCCCCCUUUUGGGGCGAUUUCAGUCAGGUUGAAAAUCGCCCAGAAGUCUGUCAUAGACUCCCAUGUAAAAUCUAUUUUUUUCAAAUAUCAGAGCUUUCAAUACAAUCUCUAUGGGUUUCUGAGGGCUUGCACUUACGCGCUUUCGUCAUACGUAACAUAACCAUGAACGUAACUAAGAAAAGAGCGGGUAGCAGCGACAAUCAAUUCAUUACUACUAUCAAAAUGGCUAGGCUUCAGUGCAACUCGAUUGUGUCUUUGAAAGAAGUUCCUUUUUGUCGGCGAACAAAUGAAGAUAAAUUGGCAACGAAACAAUUAGGACCUCCCAGACCAAAUUUAAUAAUUCAACAGGUUUCUACUAAAGGGGGGAAGUCCUACACCCGAGGAUUUUCCAAAAAUUGGUACGAACGAAAAACCUGGCUAGCAGGCUGCGAUGUAGCUAAUGCAGUCUUCUGCUACCCCCUGCUUACUCUUUCACCCUGAAGGCGGCACGGCAGACAGCACCGCUUGGACAGCGACUGGUGUGUAACGGACAUGCACCAUCUUUCAGGAAAGAUUAAGAAACAUGAGCUGUCAAAGACCCACAUGGAUAGCUGUUUGAGAUUGUCUGCUUUGGGGAGAGUGAACAUUCCCACUCAACUGGAUGAGGGAUACAGGCUAGCUGUCCGCCGCCACAACGAUGAGGUUAGUGUUGAUAAUCACAAGUUUACUGGAGAACUGAAACUGACAAGGCUGACAAGAUAGGACCCUUUUGUCCAUUGUUAUUGGAUAGGAACAGAACUUAUAACCAGCUCCUGACCUAAAUAGAUCUUAGCACAACAUUUUACUCAACAUAUCAUAUUCCAUAUUCACUAUAACAAAUAUAUUUACUACGACAUUAGCAAGAACCGCCACAUCCUCAGCCGGCUAAUCCAGUGUGUGAAGUUUUGCGGAGUGUUUGAGUUAGCUUUGCGAGGCAAAGAUGAAACUGAGGGCUCCACCAACCCUGGUAAGCCAACACUUUUGAGAUCAGUCAAUAAAUGCUUCUGGUAUUGACUUAUAUGCUGCCCCUGUCUUCAUGUUGUUGCUGGACAUAUCUUUUUUUAAAUGUGUGUAGGUCACCUAAAUCAUCAGAAAAAUUGCCCCCCCCUGAGAAUUUUUUCAGGAGCCGCCACUGGUCUGAAUACUUUCCGAAUUACAGGACAAACAUAGGUACAUGUAAGCAUUCUCAGAAUGUGCAUUUUUACAAGUAUCAGCUGAUGGUGACUUAAUGUUGUUGCUAGCAAAUCGCGCGACCAGUUAUCUCGAUGUAAGCGGAGUUUAGCAUUCAUCAGCUAUAGCAACAUGAGUACAGUUACAGUAUUUAAAUGUUAAUGUUUUUUUGUUUUUUUUAUUGCAUUAAACAUGGUUAGGUUCUAUCAAACCUAAUAUAAGGUUAACAAUUACAUUUCAACACUCAAGCACUGAUUAAAAAAGUAAACACUGGGGAUAAAUGAAGAUAUUACUAAACGUAGGUUCCGUGGCAUGGAGAAGGUUAUGAAGACAUGUAUUACUGCAUUCCAGAUGUGAAAUGUAGCAAGAUGAGGUGGUGCGUGUGUGUCGUCAGUCUUCCUCUUGGUGUUGCGGGAGCGACUCUUGGCCUUACACAGUGGACAGAUAGGAGCGUUACGAUGGAUCUGCUGGUGUAAUUACAGUCAUUUAGCAGGCGAUUUUAUCCAGAGCGAUUUACAAUAACUGCAUUAAUUUUAAGGUAGCUAGGUGAUACAACCACAUCACAGUCGUAGUAAGUACAUUUUCCCUCAAAGUAGUUAUCAGCAAAGUCAGUGCCAGUAAGAAAAGACACGUGCAGGUUAUAUUUUUCCAUAACAUUUAGUAAUAUGAGAUAACAUAAGCGAAAUCGGAAUUGUUUCUUUUUUGGAGCAGCUUCAUGAUCUAAUCCCACUCCAGUACGCUAGGUGGCGGUAAGGAAUCAUUGUUAACAGCGCUAAACUCGUUCUUUUAUGUUGUUUUGUUGUGGUUUUGCGUGUGCAGAACGUUUGAGUUGCUAGCAGUCUUUAUAAUCUCAUAGCUAGCUAAUUAAUCACACAGUUUGGGGACACACAAUUGGGCCAACAUUUCCUUUCUUCCACGUAUAAGGUUAGAUUUGUACGUUUUAGUUUUUGUUGCACUUUACUAUAACGUUGUUCGUUUGGGCUAGCUAGCUUGAUGUUCUGCAGCAGUACAGCUAGUUAGCCAGUUUAGCUACAUAGUUAGCGUCAAUCCGACCUUUGUCAUCUCUUCUGAUUGCGUGAUUCAGUUGUUCGUCAAUCGAUCAGAGAAUCCUGAAAAUAAUAGCUACAUCAUAGUGGCCACUGUCUUUGAUAUUAGUUCGGUUUGGUCAACCUUUGAAAGCCGAAGUUACGUUAGCCAUUCUUGCCUGCUUCGUAGCGGUCGCCGGUACUGUACCAUUCAGUUUAUGUAUGAAAUUCUAGCUAGCCAUCAUCUAUUCGUAAUGCAUUCGUGAUACAGUUCGAUUAAAGGGGCAUAAUUCGCAGUCCCUUUUAUUUCCGUCGUCACAUUUGAAUCAAUCUGAAUGUUGUAUUGUUUUUGUUAACAGGGUUUGAGCCCAUUAUGGACCAUCACAAGAUAAUCCACGAUACCCUGCAGGAGUUCAUUCAGACAUACAUUCCCGAUGCAGAUCUGAGUUCCCUGGAUGAUGUGUUGCUCUCCUACAUCACUGGAGUCCUGGAGGAUCUGGGCUCUCAGGAGAGUGUGGAGGAGAACUUUGACGUGGAGGUCUUUGUAGAAAUGCUGGAGGCCUACAUUCCUGGCUUUGCUGAAAUCGACAGUGUUAAAGUUUGUGAUAUGAUGUUCAGCCUGGCUUCAAAACUAGCUGCAGCCCGGAGUUCAGAAAAUAGUGUGCCUAAGGCUAGAAUGGAGGUCCCACUGACAGUCAGUGCUACCUCCACUGGGUCUCCAGUGAGAGAGAAGCACUGCCUUACUGCACAGACUGAGGGGGCCACUGCCAAGGUUCCAUUCUCUGAGUGGGAGGCUCAGGAGUCUCUCCUGCUGGAGAUGUUCCCCAAGUGCAGCCUAUCAGAGGCCAGGAGUGCCUUGUCCAUUGCUAAAGGUGACAUGGAGGAGGCUGUCCGCCUCAUCAUCGAAGGAGACAUCCAGCUCAGCCCCACACCUCUCACCGUUAACUAUGGGAAGAUGGUUUCCCCUCAGGCAGAGCAGAAGAUGAAAGAGAGCAUCCUGGAGAAGUACAUGCUAGUGGACAGGGAGGAGGAUGAGAAAACACACAGGCCUGUUGCACCUAAAGAUGCCCCCAAGAAACUGGUGCGUUACCACAGCAACCAGGUGGUGACCACAAAAGGGGAGCGGUACCAACUGGUGAAGAAAGAGGAGCCGGAGGAGGUGAAGAAGACUUACGUCAGCAUCAAACCCGCACGCAAAUACAGGUUCCAUUAAUGACUGACUGGCACUCUUCUGGAAGACCAGCUGUUUACUUUGUUAUUUACAUAUCCUUUCUUAUUGCCUUUUUUUUUGCCUGGUUAUGGAAAAUGUUUGUUUUUGGUAUGGUUAUAUAAGAUUCUGAUUUGAAAAAUGCGUGGCCAUCGUCUUGCUUUAAAUAUAAUUUAUCUUCUGCAGUGAUUCUCUGGCAUCAUUGUUUUGUUCUCUAGAUGGGUCAUAAUGUGCUCUUUUAGUGGGCUGUCCAUGUCUAUAAGACUUGAAGAACCGUUACAUUUGAUUCUCUUGUGUUCAUACUUUGUACUUUUUUUGCCAUUUCAGCAGGUCUGACAUGGUACUGAUGAUUUUUUGUCAGUUAUUAUUUGUAUUGGUAUUAUUCCUGGCAGGGGGACUUAGCGAUUUGGUGCCCGUUUCAAAACACUAUUUUCAGUACUGUAUCGCAAUACCUUAUUCCUCAUAUGAGGGUACAUUUAGUCUAUUGAGCCCGUGGACCCUUAACCUGUUGCCGUUUAAAAAAAAGUUA